AUGAGAACUUACGACGACACCUUCUCCGGUCAGAGGAUCUACCCUGGCAAGGGUAAGCUCUACGUCCGAGGCGACAGCAAGGUCUUCCGAUUCCAGAACGGCAAGUCCGAGUCGCUCUUCUUACAGCGAAAGAACCCCCGCCGAAUCUCAUGGACCGUUCUCUUCCGACGACAACACCGCAAGGGUAUCUCUGAGGAAGUCGCCAAGAAGCGCACGCGCCGCACCGUCAAGGCCCAGCGAGCCAUCGUCGGCGCCUCCCUCGAUGUGAUCAAGGAGAAGCGAUCGAUGCGACCUGAAGCCCGCUCCGCCGCCCGCGCCCAGGCCAUCAAGGAGUCCAAGGAGAAGAAGCAGGAGGCCGCUGCCGCCAAGAAGUCCGACAAGGCCAAGAAGGCUACCACCGCCGCCAAGGGCCAGACCCAGCGCAUCGUCGGCAAGCAGAGCGCCCGCGGCGCCCAGCCCAAGAUCCAGUCCAACACCCGCUAA